AUGUUUAUGUAUUCAAUAUGUCCAACGUUUUUAACACUUUUAUUUGGCUGUUUGACUGUAAGAAAUAUUCAUCAAGGUCGACAAGUAGUGCCAGUAGUAGUUGGUGAGAAUAAUCGUUCCGCUAGACGUACAAAUAGUCAACUUUUACGUAUUUUAACUAUUCAAGUGAUUAUCAUUGUUAUUGCAACAUUACCUUAUAGCCUCGUGCGAUUCUAUAUAUCCAUUACUGGCAAUAUAGUAAAAGAUAGAGUUCAAAUCGCAAAAGAAAAUUUAGUACUUCAAACAUUUAAUUCAACGACAUAUUUUGCUCAUUCAAGCGGCUUCUAUUAA